CCCUUAUUUAAUUGUAUUAUUAUUUGUGCGUGUGCAGAGCCCCCCUCCCCCUUUCCCUCUCGCUGUCUGUCUCUCCCUCUCUCCCUCUCUCUCCCUCUCUCUCUCUCUCUCUGUCUGUCUCUUUCUUUCUUGUCGGAGGCUGUGGGAUAAUGGCGUGUGGGUUGUGGCUGUGAGGAUGAGUUCCUGCUUCGUGCCGAACGGGGCCAGCCUGGAGGAUUGCCAUUCCAACCUCUUCUGCCUGGCUGAUCUGACUGGCAUUAAAUGGAAGCGUUACGUGUGGCAGGGCCCAACGUCUGCCCCCAUCCUGUUCCCGGUGACGGAGGAGGAUCCCAUCCUGAGCAGCUUCAGCCGCUGCCUCAAGGCCGACGUGCUCAGCGUCUGGCGCCGCGACCAGCGGCCCGGCCGCAGGGAGCUCUGGAUAUUCUGGUGGGGGGAUGACCCCAACUUUGCUGACCUGAUCCACCAUGAUCUCUCAGAGGAGGAGGAUGGCGUGUGGGAGAACGGGCUGUCCUACGAGUGCCGCACGCUGCUCUUCAAGGCCGUGCACAACCUGCUGGAGCGCUGCCUCAUGAACAGGAACUUCGUGCGCAUCGGCCGCUGGUUCGUCAAGCCCUACGAGAAGGAUGAGAAACCCAUCAACAAGAGUGAGCACUUGUCCUGCUCGUUCACCUUCUUCCUGCACGGGGACAGCAACGUGUGCACGAGCGUGGAGAUCAGCCAGCACCAGCCCGUGUACCUGCUCAGCGAGGAGCACCUCACCCUGGCCCAGCAGUCCAGCAGCCCCUUCCAAGUUAUCCUGAGCCCCUUUGGGUUGAAUGGCACACUCACAGGCCAGUCCUUCAAGCUUUCUGAUUCAUCCACAAAGAAGCUGAUUGGGGAGUGGAAGCAAUUCUACCCUGUCACAUCCAACCUGAAGGAGGGAUCUGAGGAGAAACAAGAAGAAAUGGACUGGGAGGAUGAUUCUUUAGCUGCUGUUGAAGUCCUUGUUGCUGGCGUGAGGAUGGUGUACCCGGCGUGCUUCGUGCUGGUGCCUCAGACUGACAUCCCUGCUCCCAGCUCCGGGGGGGCUCCCCACUGCUCCACUGCCUGCCUGGGGGUCCACCAAGUGCCUGCUUCCACCAGAGACCCUGCCAUGUCCUCCGUCACCCUGACGCCACCCACGUCCCCAGAGGAGGUUCAGACAGUUGAUGCUCAGUCUGCCCAGAAAUGGGUGAAGUUUUCCUCAGUUUCAGAUGGAUUUAUCUCAGACAGUACCAGCCAUCACGGUGGCAAAAUCCCCAGAAAAUUGGCCAAUCAAGUGGUGGACAGAGUCUGGCAAGAGUGCAACAUGAACAGAGCACAGAACAAGAGGAAAUAUUCUGCUACAUCAAAUGGCCUGUGUGAGGAGGAGACAGCUGACAAGGUGGCAUCGUGGGAUUUUGUUGAAGCCACGCAGAGGACAAAUUGCAAUUGUUCAAGGCACAAAAAUCUCAAACCAAGAAAUUCAGGUCAACAGGGGCAGGCCCCACCUGUGGGCCCCCAGCAGCCGGCGGCUCCGAAGCACAAGACAAACGAGAAGCAAGACAAAGGGGAUAAGCCACAGAAACGCCCUUUGACUCCUUUUCAUCAUCGUGUAUCUAUCAGCGAUGACGUUGCCAUGGAGGCAGAGUCGGCCAGCCAGAGGCUGGUGAUGGCCGCCCCCGAGAGCCAAGUGCGGUUUGCCGCCAUCCGCGGCGCCGAGGGCGCGAAGGCGGCGCCGCUGCACGGGGCCGAGCUGGGCAGCUCCCCCCAGCCGCCCCCGCUCAGCCCCCACCCCUGCGACGGCCCCGACGAGGGCGUGCCCAAAGCCCCCUCCACGCCCCAGAGCCAACACUUCUACCAGAUGCCAACUCCGGAGCCCCUGGUGCCCACCAAGGCCAUGGAGGACAGGCUGGACGGGCUCUCGCAGCCCUUCCCCGCCGCCUUCCCCGAGGUGAUCGAGCCCACCGUGUACGUGGGCACUGCCGUCAGCCUGGAGGAGGAUGAAGCUGACACCACUUGGAAGUAUUAUAAAGUUCCAAAGAAAAAGGAUGUGGAGUUCUUACCGCCCCAGCUUCCCAAUGAUAAGUUGAGAGAUGAUCCAGUAAUACCUGCUGGACAGGAAAAUGUAACAUCAGUUACAGAACUAAUGGUGCAAUGUAGGAAACCUUUGAAGGUUUCAGAUGAACUGGUGCAACAGUAUCAGAGUAAAAACCAAUAUUUAACAGCUGUAGCAACGGAAGCUGACCAGGAACCUGAAAUUGAUCCUUAUGCCUUUGUGGAUGGAGACGUGGAAUUCCUAUUUCCUGACAGUAAAAAGGACAGGCAGAACAUGGAGAGGGAAGUGGGGAAGAAACACAAGGCUGAGGAUGGAACAUCCAGUGUUACAGUUCUGUCCCACGAAGGAGAGGAUGCAAUGUCUCUGUUUAGUCCUUCUGUCAAGCAAGAUGCCCAGCGCUUGGCUGCCCACGCGCGCACGGCCUCCACCAGCCUGUUCCACGAGACCGACCUGGUGGUGUCCUACACCGACCUGGACAAUCUCUUCAAUUCUGAUGAAGAUGAACUCACACCUGGAUCUAAACGAACAGUGAACGGCACUGAUGACAAAUCCAACUGCAAAGAGGCAAAAACAGGAAAUCUAGACCCACUCUCAUGCAUAAGCACUGCAGAUCUCCACAAAAUGUACCCAACUCCCCCUUCACUGGAACAACAUAUUAUGGGGUUUUCUCCAAUGAACAUGAACAAUAAGGAGUAUGGCAGCAUGGACACUACACUUGGAGGAACUGUGCUGGAAGGGAAUAGCUCUACUGUGGGGGCCCAGUUCAGAAUCGAGGUGGAUGAGGGUUUCUGCAGCCCCAAACCUGCUGAAAUCAAGGAUUAUUCCUAUGUCUAUAAACCUGAGAACUGUCAAGCUUUAGUGGGAUGUUCCAUGUUUGCACCACUGAAGACUCUUCCCAGCCAGUGUCUUCCUCCCAUCAAGCUGCCCGAGGAAUGCAUUUACCGCCAGAGCUGGGCUGUGGGAAAGCUGGAUCUGCUUCCUCCAGGCCCUGCCAUGCCUUUCAUCAAAGAUGGCGACGGGAGCGCCAUGGAGCAGGAGUACGGCGCUGCGUACACGCCGCAGACCCACACUCCGUUUGGGAUGCCCCCCAGCAGCGCCCCCCCCAGCAAUGGUGGGGCUGGGAUCCUCCCCUCUCCCUCCACCCCUCGCUUCCCCACGCCCAGGACACCCAGGACUCCCCGCACGCCCCGCGGAGCCGGCGGGCCCGCCAGCGCCCAGGGCUCGGUGAAAUACGAGAACUCGGAUUUGUACUCGCCCGCCUCCACCCCCUCCACGUGCCGGCCCCUGAACUCGGUGGAGCCCGCGACGGUGCCUUCCAUCCCCGAGGCACACAGCCUGUACGUGAACCUCAUCCUCUCCGAGUCCGUCAUGAACCUCUUCAAGGACUGCAACUUCGACAGCUGCUGCAUUUGCGUUUGCAAUAUGAACAUCAAAGGUGCUGACGUUGGAGUUUACAUUCCUGAUCCAACACAAGAGGCCCAGUAUCGGUGUACCUGUGGUUUCAGUGCUGUUAUGAAUAGAAAAUUUGGCAACAGUUCCGGGCUGUUUCUUGAAGAUGAGUUGGAUAUUCUGGGGCGAAACACGGAGUGCGGCAAAGAAGCGGAAAAACGCUUUGAGGCUCUCAGAGCGACUUCCAUCGAACACGGCAGUGGGGGGCUGAAAGAGCCCGAGAAACUGCCCGAUGACUUGAUACUGUUGCUGCAGGAUCAGUGCACCAACCUGUUCUCACCCUUUGGAGCAGCAGACCAAGACUCCGUGGCCAAAGUUGGUGCUGUCAGCAAUGUGGUACGUGUAGAAGAAAGGGAUUGUUGCAAUGACUGCUACUUAGCCUUGGAACAUGGACGCCAGUUCAUGGACAAUAUGUCAGGAGGGAAAGUUGAUGAAGCACUUGUGAAAACUACUUGCUUGCACCACUGGUCAAAAAGAAAUGUGGUGGAUGUGAGCAUGCAGUGCUCCCAGGACAUCCUGCGCAUGCUGCUCUCGCUGCAGCCCGUGCUGCAGGACGCCAUCCAGAAGAAGCGCACGGUGCGGUCCUGGGGCGUGCAGGGACCCCUCACCUGGCAGCAGUUCCACAAAAUGGCUGGGAGAGGCUCCUACGGAACUGACGAGUCCCCAGAACCACUGCCAAUCCCAACAUUUUUGUUGGGAUACGAUUACGAUUUCCUGGUGCUGUCUCCGUUUGCGCUGCCCUACUGGGAGCGGCUGAUGCUGGAGCCGUACGGCUCGCAGCGAGACGUCGCCUACGUCGUGGUGUGCCCGGAGAACGAGGCUCUGCUCAACGGGGCCAAGAGCUUCUUUAGGGAUCUCACUGCAAUAUACGAGUCCUGCAGGCUUGGUCAGCACAGACCCAUCUGUAAGUUACUGCCUGAUGGGAUCAUGAGGGUUGGCCCUACAGCCUCCAAGAAGCUGUCAGAGAAGUUGGUCACAGAGUGGUUCUCCCAGACAGCCAAUGCCAACAGCGAUGCGUUCUCCAAACUCAAACUCUACGCUCAAGUGUGCAGAUACGAGCUGGGUCCUUAUCUUGCUUCUCAGCCUUUGGACAAUUCUCUACUUUCCCAAACCAACCUGGUCCCUCCCUGCAGCCAGGCAGGCUCUGCUGUGCCCCCAGUGGCAGCCCCUGCUGCCAAUGCCAACACUCCAUCAGCAGCUCCCGCAGCUCCCAGCAGCAGCAGCGUGCCCGUGACCUCCAGCAGUGCCAUGGCCUCUGCAGCCACCACAGCCAACUCCACCCUCACCACCACGGCCCCCUCCUCCUCCUCCUCUGCCAGCCUGGCCAGUGGCAUUCCAACGAGCAAGCCUUCCUCAUUCCCGCCCUUCAGCAAUAUGAACAGCACCACUCCUGCCUCCCUGCCCGCCCAGGCUGCGCCCGUGCCAAACGGGCAAACUGGGGGGCAGCAGCAACAGCCAACACUGCAAGCAGCAGGGAUGUCUGGAGACACGGCUGCAGCACCUGCACAGCCCCAUCCAGAGGUUUCUGAAAGCACUAUGGAUCGUGAUAAAGUCGGAGUCCCCACAGAUGGAGAUUCACAUGCUAUCACCUAUCCACCUGCAAUUGUAGUUUACAUAAUUGAUCCUUUCACAUAUGAAAAAAAGGAUGAGAACAGCAGCUCAUCCAGUUUGUGGACACUUGGACUUCUGCGCUGCUUCCUGGAGAUGGUUCAGGUUCUUCCUCCCCACAUCAAGAACAUCAUUUCUGUGCAGAUUGUCCCAUGUCAGUACCUGCUGCAGCCUGUGAAGCACGAGGACCGGCAGAUUUACACUCAGCAUUUAAAAUCUUUGGCAUUUUCAGCUUUCACUCAGUGCCGGAGACCUCUCCCAACGUCCACCAACGUGAAAACCUUAACUGGCUUUGGGCCAGGGUUAGCCAUGGAAACUGCUCUGAGGAGCCCUGAUAGACCUGAGUGUAUUCGACUCUACACCCCUCCUUUUAUACUGGCUCCAGUGAAGGACAAGCAAACAGAGCUGGGAGAAACCUUUGGAGAAGCUGGCCAGAAGUACAAUGUGCUUUUUGUGGGCUACUGUUUGUCUCAUGAUCAGAGGUGGCUGCUUGCAUCCUGUACAGACCUCUAUGGAGAGCAAUUAGAAACUUGCAUAAUUAAUAUUGAUGUACCAAACAGAGCUCGUAGGAAAAAGGGUUCUGCCCGCAGACUUGGUCUCCAGAAACUCUGGGAAUGGUGCCUGGGACUGGUGCAGAUGAGCUCUCUGCCAUGGAGAGUUGUCAUAGGCCGCUUGGGAAGAAUAGGACAUGGGGAAUUAAAAGACUGGAGCUGUUUGCUGAGCCGCCGGAACCUGCAGUCCCUGAGCAAGCGGCUGAAGGACAUGUGCAGGAUGUGUGGGAUCUCUGCUGCAGACUCCCCCAGCAUUCUCAGUGCUUGCCUGGUGGCCAUGGAACCCCAGGGAUCCUUCAUUAUUAUGCCAGAUUCCGUGUCCACGGGCUCGGUGUUUGGGCGCAGCACCACUCUGAACAUGCAAACAUCCCAGCUGAACACGCCCCAGGACACCUCCUGCACCCACAUCCUGGUGUUCCCCACCUCUGCCUCUGUGCAGGUGGCGUCAUCCACGUACACCACGGAGAACCUGGACCUGGCCUUUAACACAAACAAUGAUGGAGCAGAUGGAAUGGGAAUCUUUGACUUGUUAGACACUGGAGAUGAUCUUGAUCCUGAUAUUAUAAAUAUUCUUCCUGCAUCUCCUGGUGGAUCCCCUGUGCAUUCUCCAGGGUCCCACUACCCCCAUGGAGGUGAUAUGGGCAAGGGUCAAGGCACAGAUCGAUUGCUUUCCACAGAAUCUCACGAUGAAGUAACAAAUAUACUGCAGCAGCCACUGGCCCUCGGUUAUUUUGUGUCAACUGCCAAAGCAGGUCCAUUGCCUGACUGGUUUUGGUCAGCGUGUCCUCAAGCACAAAAUCAGUGUCCCUUGUUUCUUAAGGCCUCUUUGCACCUCCACGUGCCUUCAGUGCAAUCAGACGAGCUACUCCACAGUAAACACUCCCAUCCACUUGAUUCUAAUCAAACUUCUGAUGUGCUCAGGUUUGUUCUGGAACAGUACAAUGCACUCUCCUGGCUAACCUGUGAUCCUGCAACCCAGGACAGACGGUCAUGUCUCCCAAUUCAUUUUGUGGUGCUGAAUCAGUUGUAUAACUUUAUCAUGAAUAUGCUGUGAUCUUCAUCUGAAUUUUGCAAGACAAAAAUGAGGAAAAGGGAUAUUUCACUGCAGGACUAAGUUAUAAUUCUUCUCAGUGCAAGAUGUUUGUGAUGGGGUAUGAAUCUUGUUACUUCCAGCAAAUAUUGUUCUGACUUGUGAGAGGGGCACCCAUCUUGCUGUCCUUGAGUCACUGACUAUGGGGGACGCUUCAGAAUGAUGAUCAGAAAGUGUAUUAUAACGUUUUUAGUAGCAAAAUUAACCAUUUUCCCCAGCCACAGUAUUUGUGAAGAGUAAUGAGCCAUAGUACCCAGUCAUGGUUAAUGAAUUUUAAAAGCAUGGAGAUGAGAAGAAACACGAGGAACAAUUAAGUUUCAACCUAUGGCUUCAGAACAUCAAGAUGUUCUUGUAUUGGAUUAUAGUACUUAGUAUUCAAAAAUGCCUGCAUCUCUUAUUUAUUGUAAGUUUUUAAAUGUAUAAAUUGUCUUAUAUUUCUUAACCUCUUUUAUAAAAAUUUUCCUAGAAGGUUUAUACUGCCUUCUUGCUUUAAAGCAAUUGGUCUAAAAUAUAUGUAAUCGUCUUAAUUAAAAGUUGCAGUAGGUUGCUUUUAGAGUAUUAUUUUUUUGUAAGGGGUGGGUGGGGACAGUAAAUUUGUAUUGUCUUGAUGUACAGUUUAAUGGGGAUAGAGGGGUUAAUGUCCAUACCAUUGUGUGUGGGGGAUUUACAGCUAAGCUGUAGUUGCAGAGUACAUGUACAGUAAUGAAGUUCACUGUGUUUAUAUAAAUUGAAAAGGUACCGGGUCUUACAGCAUUUUAUAUCACACCUUUCCAGAGUAACAAUGGCAAUAUAUAAGUGAUAUUGUAGGUGGUUUAACUUGUAGUGAGAAUAACAUGAAUAAACUCUUCAACUCAAGUUUGUGUUAUGGUUCAGGGCUGUGGCUAGAUUCUCAGAUCCACUUCCAGGACACGAGUUUAAUAUCACAAGAACAUCUCUUGUGCAUUGUUGCUCCCUGGAUAUUCUUGGCACUGUGCUCACUGCAUUGUUUGCUUCCACUUUUGUGAUGAAAUGCCAGUCUGAGGCAGAACACACAGAAAACUCUGACCUUAUCCAAAGUCUCCUGCCAGGCUGAGAUUUAGCCCAGCUCUAGCCAUUUUACAAAUGCAAAAAUAGUCAAUCUUGACUUUAAGAUUGGUGUGUGUUUAACUAAAAUGUGGUGUAUAUAGAUUCUCAGUGAAUUCUGGUAUUCAGAUUUUAUUCCACUAGUAAAAAAAAAAAAACAGCACGAAACCCUGAACAUUUUCCUUUUCCAUGUAUUUUUGGCACUGUGGUGAAGGUCCCAAGUAUCAGUGCAUGGCCUUCCCCAUAUCCCAUUUUCAGGCUCUGGCUGGGGCAUGUGCCAAGGAGGCUUUGCCCUCCCCAAGGAAGGGACUGACAAACCACAAGGCUUUCCUAAACGUCCCCCUCUAUCUACAGUCACCAUUUUUUCUCAGUAGUUUCCUUCCUUUUUUCCUAGCACAUGCCAAAUGUCUGUGGCUGCUCUAAAAUAGCCCCUACGGGUGCUGAAGAGCAGCUGCAGAUGCUUUUUGUGGGUUCCUUAUCUGACUGCCAGAUGAAAAACUGAACUCCUGCAGCGCUCCCAGGAGCCUGUCCCAAUAACCCAAGUCCUGGGUCUCAAUAUUGUCUGUCUCGCUGGUUUAAACCUGUAAAGGAGCAACUUUUAAGAUCCAUUUGUGCACCUGCUGUUAACCCCUCUACAAGGAAGAAUUUGCUUGCAUUUACCAAACUUACUGUGCUCAUGAAAAUCUGGUUUUGUAAAUGCAAAAGACCUGCCUGAGGUGAUUUUUUUUUUUCGUAUGAACAGUCUCACUGAAUCGUGUACAUACAAUAUUAGCAACUUUUUUGGUUUUGUAUAAAGAAGUUGUACAAUUGGUGAUGAGAAUUUUCAGUCAUUUCUUCAGAACAACAUGAGUGCAAUCAGAAGUUAGCAUAUUUUGAUAAAUAGAGUAAAAAACUGGGUCUGUCCAUGACUUUAUCUCGGUAAUGCACCGCAGAUUAAACGGCACAUUAUUGUCUUACAGAAGGGUUUGCUCAUUUGGUUGGCAUUUUAGAUGUGGAAAAGUGCUCCUAAAACUGGAAUUUUCAAAGUGUAUGUCCUUUUUCUUUUGAGCUUUGUCGCUAAGUGGUCAUUUCUAACCCUGGCUCAGUUAACCGAGCUCCAAGGGCUGGGUUUUGGUGUGGCUUUGUUUUGUGUUCAAUCUGAACUUGUAUUCCUAAAGGUAAGUGAAUCAGCUGCCUGAACGUUGGUGUAACUGUAUUCUGUUACCUGGACCAGCCUUCCCUGUGAAACUCCUCCUGUGAAAGCUGCCAGUCUCCCACUCCUCCCCCCCAUCAAAUGCAAUUAAAGUAAAUUAUAAUAUUAUAACCACUGUAAAAGACUAGAAGGGCCAUUUCUGGAGUGAUAGUCACAGCCGGCAAUGUACAUAUCAAACCUGCCAGCACCACGGAGCCAACUAUUAUAUUGGGCAUACUUUUUUUGUUAGCUACUUUAAUUUAACUAUUUUAAGUGCACAUAAUAGCUGGUUUAUAAAUAAAAUUGUCAGAAUCCAAGAAGUUGAGGUUGUUUAGCAAGUACAAGCUUAAGUAGUUGAAAAUUUCAGCUACAGAUUUUCAAAAUGGCCUUGCAAGAAAAUGUUGUUCCUGUCAGUGCUUUAAGUAGCUGUGGAGGUUUAUCUCUUUCAAGGAAAGAAGAAGCUGAGAUCCUUCCAUUCCAAUUAAAAAUCCAUAUUUUAACCCAGAUAUUACUGCAUUUAAGCCUUUUAGUCACAUUUGACUCACUACUAUUUGGAUUUGGUUUCUGAAAACCCUGUUGCUAAGACCAGCAAGGCCACUAGCUGUACUUGUAACAACCCUCACAUUUUAAAAGGAGCUGUAACAUUUAGAUCUUUCUAACAUUCUCUGAAAUAAUUAAAGAUAAAUGGAUUUAUAUUUAAAUCCUCAGCUAUGUUCUUACUUAGCUGUCAGUUAUGGCGCAGAUUAUUGUAUUUCUAUAUUUACCUCUGAUGGUAAUUUUAACUUUGUGUGUUGCUAUGAAGACUUGCCGAUGUCUUUAAUCAAGCACUAUUUGUUAAUACUGUAAUAUCAAAAUAUUAUGUUGCAUUAUUUUAAAGCUUUCAAGAAUAAGAGUAAAACAUUUUAAAAAAAUGCUAUUGCACCAUAUAAUUUGCUGCACAACAGUACGGCACCGCAUAUCAGUCUGUUGGGAUAGUAAUGCUGCAUCAACCUUGUUUUCAUCUGGGUUUCAUUGGAGAAUUCAUUCAUGGGUGACAUUGUACAACGUUACUGUCUUGCAACCUCCAGCUGGGAAGGUGAUUUUGUUUGUUUUAUUUUUUUUUAAUUUUUUUUUUUUUUUUAAGUAAAGGGCCCAGGACUAUGCUUCAUACUUAAAGGGGUUUUUUACUAUUAUUUGUGGGUGUACUUUUUAUUUUCAGUGGAGUAAAGCUUAAUUUACAGUAAAACUGGAUUUGGGACCUACCACAAUCCUCAGGGUCACUUUUUCAGGAUGUUACUCAUCGAGCCUUAGGUUUUUCCGAGUCAACUGGACGUGAGGACCUUGCCGAGCGCUGCCUUGGGCUUGUGAUGGACAUGGCGCCCCUCAGCACGGCCGGACACAGCGGGAGCCGCUCCCGCGCCCUCAGGGCACGGCUGGACACACCGGGGAGCCGCUCCGCCACCCCGCUGCCAUGGCUGGACACACGGGCAAUCCCAACACCGCAGCUGGACACACCGGGGAGCUGCUCCGACACCGCGCUGGACAGGUCCGGGAGCUGCUUCAGCGCCGCUCUGGCGUGGCUGGACAGGUCAGGGAGCCGCUCCCGCCGCCCUCAGGCACGGCUGGAUGUGCCCGGGAGCCUCGCACAGCCGCCGCCAUGUGCCCUCGGCCGAGCCGCCGCCGCAUUCAUCGUGACAAAACACAGCAACAAAAAGCGAUUUAAGGAACAAACACUAUUUCUGCCGAAUGCCAUAAACACUGAGUUGUACAAAUUGUGAUCGAGGAAAUGAAGAAAAAAAAAAAAGGUUUAUACUUUUUAAAAAAACAAAAAAAUUCAAAUGGAAUAAAUUAUUCAUGAAGCCUUGA